AUGGACAUUCUAUCUCUCAUACGCAAGGAGCAGUACCCACUAGUCGUCUUUGUGGGAGUGGUGGUCUUCGACUAUUUAUGCAACAUCUCCACGGACUGGCAGUUAGUUUGGACUGAACCCUGGACAAUGGUGUCAAUAACGUAUUGUGUCCUGCGCUACCUUGGCAUUACGAUUCAAGCUACAUUCAUGGCAAUAGGCUUUACUGCGGUCGAGUCCGCAUUUUCUGCGUCUGAUUACAAUGAUAUCGCUUGUUUUCAAGCCAUUGAUGGUAACGCAUAUGCGACAUACGGUCUCACUCAGUUUUCCUUCUGGGCUAGCACGUUUUAUCUCUCGGUCCUUCAAAUCCUCAUGAUCGCCCGUGUCUACGCUCUAUACAAGCGGAACAGGAAGCUGGGAUAUGGCCUCGGGGCUUUCUUCGUAAUCGAGACCGCCUGCAUCCUGUUCGCGCAGCAAUGGACGUUGGCUCAUCCUCACGACGGCUUCGCUCUCGGUGUUGGAUGUGUUCCAUGGCUCGCGUUUGAAGCAACGCUGUUUGCUCUGACGAUCAAUGCACUGAUGAAGCAAAUGAAGACGACGUGGGGAUACAAGGCCAAGAACUGGCACCCUAUACUGAAGAUUAUCGUGCGGGACAGUAGCAUGUAUUUUCUAAUGAUCCUCCUUGCCAAUGCGCUCAUGGCCAUCUGUACUCAGUUGUCACCCGAAGCGGCCACUCUUGGCCCCGCAUGCGGCGUCUUUGUCACUAACAUUGUGGGCCCACGUCUCAUCCUCGGACUGCGCAAGCACCGCUCGGAUAACGACCCGGUUAAGCUGACCAUGUUGCAUCCACCACAUCAUCGUCCCCACCCUUACUCGCAACAAACCCCUAGAUCUGGAGCUAUCACUCAGCAGUCGGAUGUAAUAAUCAUCUCCGGCGCUCCGCCCGAAUACCGUACUGUUGAUGUAUAGUUCCUGCAUAUGGGAAGCAGAUAGCUUACAUAGUAGCUUAAGCCUACAAACGCUU